CUAGCGACGGGCAGGACGCUCGCAGGCCCCCACGCUAACCCCAGCUGUAGCCUUAAAUCUCCUACCAUGGGAGAAGGCGGCGGCCGUAGCUUUGGGACCACUAGGGAGCUGCAGAGGCUGAAGCAGCAGGCGAUGGAGUACUACCGGGAGAACGAAGUCCCGCGCAGGCUGGAAGAGCUGCUCAACUCCACCUUCUACCUCCAGCCUGCCGACGUCUACGGGCACCUGGCAAACUGCUUUUCUAAACUUGCAAAGCCUCCCACCAUAUGCAGAGUAGUGGGGAAGAAGGUAUUGGAUGGACUGGGGCUUCCAACCCUACAAGUGGAAAUAUUCUGCACCAUUCAAAAUUUCCCCAAGAGCAUAUGUUCGGUGGUGAUCUCAACGCAUUUUGAAGUCCACGAGAAUGUUCUGCCGGAGCUGGCGGACGCGGAGCAAGAGGCAAGGUCCGAGGCGGUCCGCACCGCAGUGCAGUGGGUCAACGAAACCAUCACCGAGGAGCUUCGGGGCCUGACGCCCUCCGACCAGGCUGAGGUGGACCAGGUGCUCAGGACAUUCUUUGGAAAUAAAGCACAAGAAGACAAAGAGAGGAGAGAACUGGAAAAGAGCCUGGAAGACGCAAGAGUGUCCAUCCCUUCACCUGUACCACCACCGCCGCCUCCUCCACCCCCAGCCAAAAAAAGGGGACAAAAGCAAGGGAGGAACGAUACUUUUACAGAGAAACCUAUUGUGCCUCCAGAACCCGUUGAACCUGUACUGAAUGGUAGCAUGGCCAUAGGGGCUGUGUCACUUGCUGUGGCCAAAACCAGGGCCAUCCUGGACAAUAACCCCCUCUACUUAAAUAUUGCAUUACUGAAGCACAGUCCGGAACAGCCCACAAAGCUCACCUUACCUUUGCCAAUGGUGUCUCUGGUCAGCUGCGGGAAGUCAUCACCUGGGAAGCUGAAUUUAAUGAAAGAAGUGAUGUGUAUACCCCAUCCUGGAUUAACAGCUAAACAAGGUGUGGAGAUGCUUCUGGAAAUUCAGAAACAUAUCAACAAAACAAUUGAAAUGCCGCCGCCUCCAAAAACAGAGACCAAAAAAGGGCAUAAUGGAAGCAAAAGAGGUCAACAGCCCAUCACGGGCAAGAUGUCGCCUCUUGGCUGUUUGACCAUUAAUUACGACACCAUAGAGCAACCGCUGGUCCUAAUUCAAGGCAUCUGUGCGAACCUGGGGCUGGACCUGGGGACAAACCUGCACCUCGCCAUCAACUGUGCUGCCCAGGAGCUGAUGGAUUAUAGUAGAGGAAAGUAUGAAGUGAUGCUGGGAACAUACAAAAACGCAGCGGAGAUGGUGGACCUAUACGUGGAUCUGAUCAACAGGUUCCCUGCAAUUAUCGCCUUAAUCGAUCCUUUCAGGAAGGAGGACUCUGAACAGUGGGACAGCAUCUGUAAUGCUCUUGGUUCCAGGUGUUACAUCAUCGCAGGAGCUGCAUCCAAAAGCAUUUCUAAACUUCUAGAGGGUGGGGACAUCAGUACCCCCAAAUCCAGUGGGCUGAUCAUCAAACAUACCAACCAAACUACGAUCUCUGACUUGGUGGAAAUAACCAGUCUUCUUGACAGUAAGCAGCACAUCACGGUCUUCGGAAGCGCGGAAGGGGAGUCGUCUGAUGACAGCCUGGUCGAUCUGGCCAUUGGACUCGGUGUCCGGUUUAUCAAGUUGGGAGGUCUUUCUCGCGGCGAGCGGGUGACUAAGUACAACCGCCUCUUCACUAUAGAGGAAGAACUGCUCCAGAGUGGAACACUGGGUUUCAAUGAAGAACACAUAUUUUUUCCCUUGAAUGAUGAAGCUGAAAAGGGGACCAAGGCACCCGAGGCUGUGGCUACCGUGGCUGGCGAGCCAGCCGAGCUCCCGGAGCCCAUCUUCCCCACAGAAGUGAUGGAGGCGUCGGCCAAAGCAUGAGUGUCUCCUGGAUGGGGCUGUGGACACCCCGCCUUUCGGCCACACUGCUAGCAUGAGACCCGCAGAGCCCAUCUGUGUCUUCACGUGGGCUUUGCUCUAAAACAUCCCUAACCAGCGUGCU